AUGUCUAACUCGGACGGUGAGCAGCUAUCUCAUGGAUCUCCGUCGGUCAUUCAGAACCCAAACUCACACAUAGCAGAAGCCUCCAAACAAUUCACCACCAAAACAAACACUACAGAUAGUGUCGUCGGCCGCGUCCAUGAGUCUGCCAGUCAUGCACGCGAGAAAAUAGCCGAACAGCUCCAACCCGGAGAUAUGAAGGCGACGUCUCGUCGCAUAUCGGAUACACCAGAUAAUAUCUGGCAAUUUGGUCAGAGUGGGUCGAGGGAAGAGAGAGAUUAUGGGGUCGAGAGGGAUAAGUCUCUGCUUCAGUCGGCGCAGGAGACGGUGGCUAAGGCACUUGGAGGAGGUUCUCGUGCCAUGGGUUCCAGUUCUAAGAGGAAGAAGGAUAAGCAAAAGGAUUUCCAGAAACCUAAACUCAAGGUUGGAAAAACCAAAGCGAAACCCGACAACUACACCGAUACUAGUUUCAAAGCAAAGUCAAUCGUCCUUACACAACAAUCCCUCCACCUUGUCGCCCCAACUUCAAAUGCCACAUUCACGCAUAACUUAUCUCUCCUCAACGUCAAGUCCGACAGCCAACGGCGCGACUCGCUCGCUUACCUGACUACCACCAUAUCCUCUCGACCAGUAAACUCGCCUCUGCCACAACCAGUCAGCGUCAUUUUACCGUCUCUGCUCCCGCUCAUUCUCGAUGGAUCCACCAGUGUACGAACUCAGCUCCUCAAGCUCUUGCGCACCCUGCCACCAGGCGAUAUCGAGGACCAUGUGGCGCAACUACUUCCCUACGUUCGUGCAGGAAUGACCCAUCUCGGAGCGGACAUCCGUAGUUCUGCCGUGGAGAUUUUAUCAUGGAUGAUCGAGGCAGCGGGCGAAUCAACUGUUUCCUGCGCAGGAGGGUGGAUUAAAACACUCAACUGCUUCUUGUCUGUCUUGGGCUGGCACACCGAAGAGUCAUCACAAUGGUCCUCAACCCGGGCUUCGUUCGGCAAGUCCGGCACCCAGGGCAAGCCCAUGGUGAAAACUCUUGGUGCUCUGGCUUUGUUUUUAGAUUCGGGAAUCGGGAAACCUUUUACCGGCGAUGCCGAUAACGAGAUGUCCGGUGAAGACGAGAGUGCUGACUGGCCCUUCCCUAUUUCCCAAACCGCCCAGCACAUGAUCUCGGACUCAUCUACCCCAUUCGCAUAUCUAAAUCUGUUUGGGAAGCCGCGCGAUGAGGAAGGAGAAAUGUACGAAACCCGUGAGGACAGGUUCCGUGUGUUUGCAACUCGUUUCCAGCCGGCAAUUGAGCGUGGACUUAAGAGCGCCAGAGAGGAAGGCGGCGAGAUAGGCCGUGCGUCAUCUGGUGUGAGCAAGGUGUUAAAAGAAGCAAUUGCGUAUGGACCGGGCCCGUGA